UGCUUCAAGGCUUCUAAGAAUACCUUCAAAUGAGUCUACCUUCAGGUACUGGGAUUGUCUGUUGUUCUUUAAAAGGUAGGUUACUUUCUCCCUCUGUUCUGCAAGGUUCAGUUUGGCUCUUGUUUGUGAUAAAGCUUGCUCAUUUUUGUGAGUGUAUGGACACAUUAUUGUGAGAAAUCGCGCGCGCGGAGCUGUCCUUGGCUAAUCCCAUUCAAACAAGAGCAGGGCUAGGAUUAAAAAGCAUGCAUGCACUUACCUUUCCGGGGGUGUUUUAAGGAGUCAGGACGUCCUCCGAACUGCGUGUGUGUGUGUGUGUGUGUUAAAUCCCUCUUUGUCGGAGCCGAAAUGCAGGCGCAUGCGAAAGAGAGAGGAGAAUGCGAGAAAGUGUGUGUGUGCGUGUCGCGGUUGCGCGCUCAAAUGAGAACUGCGAGGGGCGCCCGACGGAGCGCGAUCCCAGCCCCGCUGUACGCGCAGUCUGUGAGGGAGCGCACAGCGCAGAGCGCGGAGUCACACACACACAUACACACACUUAGCAACUCACUCACCAAGGACGAAAGACUUCCGUUCACAACGAGAAAAAAAGAGAAAAGAAAGUAGAGGAGAGGGACACAUUUUUUGAAGAGCAUUUUGAGAUCAGAAUGUCCAGAAAACACGCGAAGCAAUAACAGCCGCGCACCUUAAGUGGUUGAUUUUGAAAUAAUUUGGAUACGUCUCGAAGACACUAUAUCGAUCUUAUUAUUUCCAGUUGGUCACAGAAAGACAGAAAAGGUCCAGGUCAGGGCGAUACAUUUCCAUUUUGGCACUUUUUUCUCCACCUCCCCUCGGCCGGUCGCUCGGCUCUCCAAAGCCCCGCGUCUCCUAUUGGGCCCUGUCUGCGCGCUCUCGUAAUUGCUCGGUGACAAGUGGAGAUGAAGGAAUAAUUGUCAGGAGAUAGGGGUCGUUUUUUUUAAUGGGUGCACUGCUGGUUUAAGUAUGCAUGAGCGACGCGUGAGGGACGGGGCCAAAGAGGCGCUUGUUUAUGAUGCGAGUCUGUAUAAACACAGUUGGAGUGAUGACACCGAUAAACGCGCAUACUUUCCCGUGACGCUCUCCGCUGCCGGCAACUCUCCACGAGACACCCUCUCCAGCCCGCCGCCCCACGCCGCUCACCUGCAGGCCCUACAAGUAGCAAGGCAAUUACUCCUUCAGCAUCCAGGAAGUGGCUUGAAGUCUCCAAAGAACAACGAUAAACAGCGUCCGUUGCAGGUGCCAGUGUCUGUGGCAAUGAUGAGUCCACAGGUGAUCACACCGCAGCAGAUGCAGCAGAUACUUCAACAGCAGGUUCUUUCUCCGCAGCAGCUUCAAGCGCUCCUUCAACAACAACAGGCCGUCAUGCUUCAGCAGCAACACCUGCAGGAGUUCUAUAAGAAACAGCAGGAGCAACUUCAUCUACAGCUUUUGCAGCAGCAACAUCCAAACAAACAAGCAAAAGAGCAACAGCAGCAACAACAGCAGCAGCAGCAGUUGGCGGCGCAGCAGCUGGUUUUUCAGCAGCAGCUCCUGCAAAUGCAGCAACUGCAACAGCAGCAGCACCUGCUCAACAUGCAGCGGCAGGGCCUCCUUUCUCUGCCCCCCGGCCCGGGACAGCCCACCCUCCCCGGACAAAACCUCCCACCAGCUGGAUUGAGCCCCGCCGAACUCCAGCAACUUUGGAAAGACGUGACCAGCGGUCACACCAUGGAGGACAACGGACUUAAACACAGCGGCCUGGACCUCAGCACCACCAACUCCUCCUCCACUACCUCCACCAAUAACCCCAAAGCUUCUCCGCCCAUCACUCACCACAGCAUCUCCAACGGCCAAUCCCCAGCCCUCAACAACCGGAGAGAGAGGUACAUCAUACUUUCACUGCACGAAGAGACUGGAGCGUCACACUCCCUCUAUGGUCACGGAGUAUGCAAGUGGCCAGGAUGCGAAAGUAUCUGUGAUGACUUUGGACAGUUUUUGAAGCACCUUAACAAUGAACACGCUUUGGACGACAGGAGCACCGCCCAGUGCCGAGUACAGAUGCAAGUGGUACAGCAGCUAGAGAUACAGCUUUCUAAAGAGCGCGAGCGUCUACAGGCCAUGAUGGCACACUUACACAUGAGACCCUCAGAGCCAAAACCAUCACCAAAACCGCUGAAUCUCGUCUCCAGCGUCACCAUGUCAAAGAACCUUCCGUCUGUCUCGCCCCCCAAUUUACCUCAGACGCCCACCACGCCCACCGCUCCCAUUACGCCCAUGUCCCAGAUGUCCCAGGUGCCCUCCGUCCUCAGUCCCGCCAACAUCCCCAGCAUGGGCGCCAUGCGCAGACGUCACACCGACAAAUACUCCAUGGCCUUAUCUUCAGAGAUAGCCCCUAACUACGAGUUCUACAAGAACGCCGACGUCAGGCCUCCAUUUACUUAUGCAACCCUCAUCAGGCAGGCCAUCUUGGAGUCAGGGGAUAUGCAGCUAACGCUCAACGAAAUCUACAGCUGGUUCACGCGCACCUUCGCAUACUUCAGACGCAACGCUGCCACCUGGAAGAACGCAGUGCGACACAAUCUCAGUCUGCACAAGUGUUUCGUACGGGUGGAGAAUGUCAAGGGUGCCGUGUGGACCGUGGAUGAAAUGGAGUAUCAGAAGCGUAGAUCUCAGAAGAUCACUGGGAGCCCGACGCUGGUGAAAAAUCUCCCAUCCAGUCUGGGUUACGGGGCGGCUCUGAACGCCAGCUUACAGGCUGCGUUGGCGGAGACAUCUUUGCCUCUGUUGGGUAACCCAGGAUUGAUGAACAGCAGCGCGUCAGGUCUGAUGGGCUCCAGCCCUCAAGGAUUUAUGGGUGGAAGUCCAACCAGCCUCUUACAGGGCACAAUGCACGAGGAUCUCAACGGCUCAUUAGAUCACCUGGACACCAACGGACACAGCAGCCCCGGUUACUCCCCACACACCCACCUGCCUCCAAUUCACGUUAAGGAGGAGCCACUAAACAUGGACGACGACGACUGUCCGAUGUCAUUGGUGACUACAGCCAAUCACAGUCCUGAGCUGGAUGAGGACAGGGAGCUUGAGGAGGGCAACCUAUCGGAGGACCUGGAGUGACUAUUUUGCCCCAUCCCUCCGCUGGGGCUCCACCCCUUUCAGGCCCCGCCCUUCAACUAAUCCACAACCACAGAAAAGCAAAGACUUGGAAUCAGAGGGGGAGUAUUUAUUUAGCAUGCAUCUGGAGACUGGCCCGAAGAAUAUCUAUACCGCAGAUCUUUAGGGACCACAGAUGGACAGACAUGAAACGUCUGCUUUUUAAAAGAAAAUAAAGGAACACAACAAAGGACGAGAUUUCAUUGGAAUCAGCUCGGCCACCUCACACCACGAACACGAGGCUCACGGACCGAAAAGACACGAGUACAGGAGCGGGGUCCUUUCUGUAGAAAGCUAACGGCCACAUAUACUGCCAAAAAAUCCGUUUUAAGUUUGUGAAUAUCCAAGCCACAGUAGUCGUCAAUGUUAGAUGCAAUUGCUGGUUCAAUUCAAGUUGUUGCUCUGUUAUUUUUUGCACAUGAGUAGUAUUAUUAGCGUCACUGCCUGUAUGUCAACACAAGUCUAAAAAGGAAAAAAGCAGUAUUUGUUUUUCAUCGUUUUUAUUUGCGUUGUUGUUUUGUUUACCUCCUGCAACACAGCCCAUGUUCACUUUACGUCACCUCUACACCACCAACUGUAAAUGGCAUUUCUAAAGGCACGUCAAUAACACAACCAUGGUACAAAGACUGUUGCAGCCGUCCAAAAAAGUAGAAAAGAAGUAGGUGUCCAGUCUCACUAGCUCUGUUACUGCUGAAAGCUUAGUUGCGAUCUUAACUGUUUGUGCCAGCACCGUUCUGAGAAGGCAAAAAAAGUAAAAAAAAAAUGGGAGUCUUUUAGUCUCUUAACCUACUUGUUCAAAAGCUUUGUCUACCUGCAAAGAGUCACAGGCAACAGCUAGAAACCAAAGCCAACACUAACGGCCAAUAGCUUAGACAGAAGCCCCGAGACUCUUUGGUCAGGCCUCUGUGACUAGUACAAAGAGAUGCUUUCUUUCCGCUAACUACCUUCGAAUAACCUCUGGGAUCGUCUCCUUUAGCCCUGCACACAGAUCAAAGUGAUUUGGAUGUAAUUUGGUCUUGACCGAUGGAGAGCUCCGACCUCAUGAUGCUGGUCAACCCCGUUACCGUCAUGUGGUAGAGCAAAUGAGCAGCUAUAAAGGGAUCAUGACCAAAAUAAACAUAUGCGUAUCGAUGGAAAUGCAGAAGAAAAUCCUGAGUUUAUUUUUUCCUUUUUUUGUACUACUAUGUUGUUAUUAUUUGCGCAACUCACCUUGUCAUUGUUUUACUUGUGAAAUGUACUGUUCAUUGUGACUGUCCGAUGUGUCAUGUCUUAUAUCCGUAACUUCUUCAGAGCCGAAACCGAAAAUAUCGUAACCAAACUUUUAAAGAUAUCUAGUGAAGCCAAAAAGGUCAUAAUUUCAAGUCGAUACGAAACGAUGUGGCUUGGUUCUAUUGUCAAAGCAAAUGAGGAGAAGUCCUUGACUAGCUCAUGUUUGCUUUGCUCCAUUGAUUCAGACUCAUUGUGGACUUUUGUGGCUGUAUAGACACAGCCACAGUAGUGUUGGAUCAUGGGAAGGGUUGUGGUUAAACCGUGUCCGGUGGAGCCACCAGUUAUUUGAGGUUAACUUAGAAAAAUCGGUCGCUUUUAUUUGAACGUUGCUGAUGUCAUCGACAAAGCGGUUGUUGCUUUAAUAGUCCUUUCUCUUUUCAGUCAAACCAAAGUUACACAGAUUUCUGCCUCUUGUAUCAGAUGGAGUUGAAAUGACACAAAGUCUCGUUUUGCAUCUCUCUCUCUCUCUCUCUCUCUCUCUCUCUGAUCUGCUAUCUUUCCUCUUAUUUAUUUCUGGUAAAAUCCUACCACAGAAAGCCCAUCUGAAACUGGUAACUGCUUUGUAUUGUAACUUAUGUCAAAGUUUUUCUUGAAACAUACUGUGCAGUUGUUCCAGUUUUGUGCCAAACUAAGAGGUUGGCUGCUAGCUUAGCACACACAAACACAAAUAAGUAAUACGCUCCUCUCCAAAAGAAAACAAAUGGAGCUGGACACAGGAACAAAGCUUAUUCCUUUGCUGGAGUCAGCAAGUCGACUUGAAGAUAAUUGUAUCGCACCAAAUAUAAGGACGCAGAAAAAGAUACAAAAAAAAGGGUUCUCCUACUUAUCCAAAAAGGCUUUUUUAAAGGUUCUACCUCUUCACAACUCUUUCUGAACAAAAAAGAAUAUGCCACAAACGUCGACGCAUUUCCCGCUUGAUUCAUACGAGGCAUCGCCAACAGCCAGUGUACAUUCCCAAAGGCAGAUAAUGGAAGGUUUGCAUUGAAAUAGUUUGUCCUCAAACAUUUGUAGAAUGAAUAUGUAAAAAUACCUGUAAGGGAAUAUUGUGUUAUUAAAAGUGCAUGUCUAAAUUCAUUUGGUGGACUGGAAAUAAGAAUUAAUAAACGCAUAUAAUACAAACACACGGGAUGAUGGACUAUACAGUGUGCAUACCUCAGCUAUACUGUUUUUGUUUUGUUUUUCGUUUUGUUUUUUGUGGGGGCGGGGGGGGAUGACGGACAAAAGAAACUCUCAGCCACAGAAUGCAUAUUACCUGUAGAGUUUGCAUGGGUUUUGUAAAAACAUGAAAAAAUUGUCUAAAAUAGUUGCUUGCACAUAACACCAGAAAAACCUCCAGAUGGGCAAUCUCCUCCGAUAGAUUUUAGAAGGAUUGUCUGGAUUUUUUCUGGAAUAAUUUUGUCUGUAUUUUGAUAACUGUGCAUAUUAUGUAAAAAGAUCAGAAAAAAUGUUGGUGGACCCAUGAAUUUACCAGGCAUUUUUUUUUCUAAGCUGAAAAGAUCAGUGUUUUUAUUUCCUGAAUUUCAUGAAUUUUUACUGUUCUCUCAUUGCUUGCUAAGAAUAGCAAACCUGCUUUUUCCUGCAUCUGCGUUGCGUAGCUGUAAGGCUUUUCCUAAUGUGUGUAUUUAUUGCUUGUACCUCUGUGCAUACGUUCUAAAGCAUUACGUCUAGCGGUUGAGUCAUGUAUCCUUUCUACUACUAUCAUUCUCUGGGAAUAUGAUCCCUUAUGUAUACAGUAAAUUGGGACUGUAGCAAAAAUAUGUUUAUGUAAUUGGUGAAAACCUUUUCGUUGUUUUUGCUUUCGGUUUGGUUUCCUUUCUUCGAAUCGAGACUCGUUUUUUGAUACUUUUCAUUACCGUGUACUGUGUCCGUAUGUUAAUGAUUUCUGCGAGAGUAGAGGUCACGAUUCAGAACUGUAACGGGCGUUAUUUUCUGUAUCCAUGGCUUUUCACUGCUGAAUAAAAUAAAGGAC